GAUUACCUGCAUGAUGAGACAAGGCAAUCAAACAAGCAUCAGAGAGUUUGUGCUUCUGGGUUUCUCCAGAGAACAAGGAAUCAACAUCCUGCUCUUCAUAUUUGUCCUCUGUAUGUACCUCAUCACCCUGGCAGGGAACACACUCAUUAUUGUGGCUACCUGCAUAGAUCCACGACUCAACACACCAAUGUACUUCUUCCUGUCUAAUCUGUCUUUCCUGGAUAUCUGCUACACAACUAGUGUGGUGCCACAGUUGCUGGUCCAUUCCCUGAGCAGCCACAAAAAGAUCUCAUUCAUCCGUUGCAUGACUCAGCUUUACAUUGCUUUCUUGCUGGGAACAACUGAAUUUAUCCUAUUGGCAGUGAUGGCCUAUGACAGGUAUACGGCAGUUUGCCACCCGUUGCAUUACAAGAUCAUAAUGAGCAGGAAAGUAUGCAUCCAAUUGAUGAUGGUUUCCUGGAUCUCUGGCUUUACCAAUGCUUUGGUUCAUACUUUGUUCACCCUGUGCCUUCACUACUGUAGCUAUAAUGUUGUCAACCAUUUUGGCUGUGAUGUGCUGGCAAUUAUCAAGUUGGCAUGCUCAGACACUUUUGUCAAUGAUAUUGCACUUAUGGUGUCAGGAGUCCUUGUGCUAUUCAUCCCUUGUGUUCUGGUAAUGCUCUCCUAUGUGUAUAUAAUCAAGACCAUCCUGCGCAUCCGCUCUUCAGAAGGCCAGCAACGAGCCUUCUCCACUUGCAUUUCUCACCUGACUGUGGUCAUCCUCUGCUAUGGCACAGCAGUAGUUACUUACAUGACUCCUAAAACCGAUAACUCCUCCAACCGGGACAAGAUACUGUCUUUCCUCUAUGCAGUGGUGACGCCCAUGCUCAACCCUCUCAUAUACAGCUUAAGGAAUAAGGAGGUUAAAGGAGCCCUAACAAAAAUAGCUCUGAGGAAAAAUAUCCUCUUGGAAAGGCAAUGA